AUGCUUCAAGUAGACGGGUUCAAGAGACCAUCGCCUUCACCAUCGCGGAGUUCAGUGAGAAGCGACAGUCGAGUGUUCCGGCCGCCGCGCGUCAUCCACGUCAACCGGGACGCCUCCACCAUGGUGGACGAGGACGCGGGUGGCGCGGGCGUCGCGCCCUGCUUGCCCAGCGGAGCCGGCCUGGUCUCCGACUGGGAAAAUGUCGAACAGAGCCCGGCCAAUUUCCGAUCGCGCACCUUCAGCGACGGCUUCAUCAGAAACACGAGUCUCGAGCUGUUGCUAGGUGUCGACUGUGAAGCGUGUAUCGCUCUCACGGGCAAGAAGCGAGCUGCGCCAGCCCCCGACGUAACAGAACGAGGCUGCGUGCGGCCCGCGGCCUGCAGCGCCUGCAAGUCCCCGCAGUGGCUGUCCACGGGCACCACUUCAACAGCUAGCCACAGCUCUACUACCACAGGAAAUUCUUCAAGGUUCUCCGUGUGGCACCGGCGCUGGUGUUGCGUAGCGAUCCUCGUGCUGGUGGCGGGCACGGCUUGUGUAGCGGGCCCGCUGGCGCUCCGCGCGCCGCCCGGGGCGCCGCUGCACGAGCGCCUCCGGCUGGCGGAGCGCCUUCUCCACGAGUCCCCUCUCAUCGACGGACACAACGACCUGCCAUGGAAUAUAAGAAAGUUUCUUCAUAACAGAAUCAAAGAUUUCAGGUUCGAUGAGGAUCUGCGAACGAUAUCGCCGUGGGCCACCAGUUCAUGGAGCCACACCGAUUUGCCGCGAUUAAAACAAGGGAGGGUGGCCGGACAGUUCUGGGCCGCGUACGUGCCGUGCGACGCGCAACACCGCGACGCGGUGCAGCUGACGUUCGAGCAAAUUGAUCUCAUACAGCGGCUCACGGACAAAUACCAUCCGCAGCUCACUCUCUGCACCUCCGCCGACGAUAUAGUAUCGGCGCACGCGAACCACCGCAUGUGCUCCCUGGUGGGGGUGGAGGGGGGGCACGCCAUCGGCGGCUCGCUCGGCGUGCUCAGGACGCUGUACCAGGUGGGGGUGCGCUACCUCACGCUGACCUCCACCUGCGACACCCCGUGGGCCGAGUGCGCCUCUGCCGACCGGAUCGAGCCUUCGCCACGCGGAGGACUUACGCCUUUUGGAAAAGUGGUGGUGAAGGAGAUGAACCGGCUCGGCAUGCUGGUGGACCUCUCGCACGUGUCGGAGCGCACGAUGCGCGACGCGCUCAUGGCGUCGCGUGCGCCGGUCAUCUUCUCGCACUCGUCUGCGCGCGCGCUCUGCAACGUCACGAGGAACGUGCCCGACACUGUGCUGCGGUUACUGGCCGCCAACAAGGGACUCAUCAUGGUCAAUUUCUACACUUCGUUUCUUACGUGCAAGGAGACUGCUACAGUUCAGAAUGCUAUAGCACAUAUAAAUCACAUACGCGACGUCGCCGGAGUGGACAGCGUGGGCCUUGGCGCAGGCUACGAUGGUAUCAACUACACACCACAAGGGUUAGAAGACGUCUCUUCGUAUCCUUUACUCUUCGCUGAGCUGAUGGAGUCCGGUUGGAGCAUAGAAGACCUCAAAAAGUUAGCAGGGUUAAAUCUUCUGCGAGUGUUAGGAGCCGCGGAGCGCGUAGCACAGGAACUUGCCUCUGCGCACGUCACUCCGUAUGAAGAGGUGCCACCACGAACAUUGGACGCUCAUAACUGCUCGAGUCAGGAUAUCUAAGAGAUUUCAUCCACACCCAUACCCGCAAAUUUCUUCAAUUUGACAAAAGAGACGCCCAGAGAAAAGAGAGAAAAAACAAGUUCGAGAAUUUAACUAAAUACUUUCCUGCUCUUAAAACAUCGAGUUGAAAAGUCGAAUUUUGGAAAAGCAAAUCCAAACUUUUAGUAAAUGCGGCAAUGGUCGUGUAUUCCAAGCUUUAAUAUUUCCGUAGAUUUAUUAAUUCAUUAUAAUAUAAUUAGUACUUAAUACCAUGUAGUUAUAGUCCGGUUAUCGUCCGUUUAUUACAAGUUGAAAUUUUAGGGUAGAUACCCGUUAGACUGUUAUUUGUCAUAAGUUAUGUACUCAUAGUGGCUUGGACUACUUCCAGGCUAAACUAGGAAGCAUGUGCAAGACAGCACAACCUCGUCUUCUAGGUACAGUCGGCUCGAUUCGAAC